AUGGCCGCCCCGAGAGACAUUCAUACGAAAGCCUUCGUGGUUCCCGCGUUAGGAUCUCCGUUUGUCCUCAAAGACGUAAUUCUGGAUGAGGUCAGGCAGGACGAAGUUCUGGUGGACAUGAAAUACACCGGCAUCUGCCACACGGAUAUUGUGGUUCAGACGGGCGGUAUGCCCAUCGGCAGCUACCCCGCGGUUCUUGGCCAUGAAGGAGCGGGUAUCGUGCAAUCUGUAGGAUCGGGAGUCAAAUCCGUUGCUGUUGGUGAUACGGUUCUCUUAUCCUUCCAUACAUGCGGCCACUGCAAAGCCUGUGAGGCAGAUGAGUGUGGCAGCUGUCCCGGUGCCACUGAAAUAAACUUUUUGAAGAAUGCGCGCUCUGGGUCAGAUACCCGCUCGCCAAUCCGACUUGCAGAUGGAACACCCUCCUCGCUCAGCAAGAUGGCUGUUGUGACCGAGAAGUCUGUGGUCAAGGUUGAUGCGCGCCCAGACGAACUGAAAUAUCUUCCGCCACUAGGUUGCGGAUACCUGACCGGGGCUGGCACUGUGCUCAAUGUAUUGAAGCCUCAGCAGGAUGAGAGCAUCAUGAUCAUUGGAAUGGGUGCAGUAGGCCUGGCAGCAUUGAUGGCUGCUAAAGCGCUGGGUGUGCAGCGGAUUAUCGCCGUUGAUUUGCUGGAUACCAAGUUGCAACUGGCAUCCGCGCUAGGAGCCACGGAUGUUAUCAAUACGGCACAGAGCGUUGGCUUGGAGACUACAGUUAAGAAUUCUAUGGCUAGUGGAGUGAACUUUGUCCUUGAUACAACAGGAGUGGGCAUGUUACUGGAGGCAUCUGUCAAGUGCCUGGCCCAUGCAGGAACACUUGCCCUUGUCGGCGUUCCAUCGUCUCAGACAAACCUGAGUAUCAAUGCCCUAGAUCUGCUUGUGUCUUGCAAGCGCAUUAUCGGCGUUAUUGAGGGGCGCUCCAACCCGCAUGUGCUUAUUCCUCAGCUAUUCCAAAUGUUCCGAGAAGGGAAGAUGCCGAUUGAUCGGCUGGCAGAAAUUUAUCCUGCACAAUCCCUACAUAUAGCUCUUCAAGACUUGAAAUCAGGACAGGUUAGUGCCCCGUCCACUCAAUAUGUCUCGACGUCUUAG